UAGCGGGUAUUUUCUAAUUGCUUUUCCGAGCCAUUUAUUUGCAUAUCUCUGACACACUUGGCCAAUGGUUGGAGCCAAUUGGAACGAGUCUGAACGGGGCCUAAAUGAGGUGCGGAAUGUAGAUAUCAAUUUCCAGACACAGAUCCCCAUUACUAUUCAAUCAUCGUAGGACGACUGUAUUAUCCUCAUUCUAAACUCAAAUUUUGAUGCGACAACUCAAAAACUGAAUACAAAAUUUCAGCACACAAGUGCCUCACAAGUCCCAAGCACGUUUAAGCCAUGGAAUCGGCCCCAUCGAGCAGUGGCACCGGCUGCAACGUCCCGGCUACGGGCACUGCAGAUACUGAAGGCCACGUGAGCGCAACAAAUGCUGAGCAAAAUAAUGGACACAGAGAUUCGACUACCACUCAACUGGUUCCGGAGGAAGAGGGGGCUGCUGCCUCCUCCAGUGCCACAUCGGACUCCUUGACGGGCAGUUCGCUGCCCCGUGGAAACAUUGCAGAUCUGAGCACUGACUCGCCGGCAGCUGGUGGCAGCUCAAGUGGUGCCGCGGAUCCCGAACGCGUCGAUCCGUCCGUCUAUGAGUGCAACAUAUGCUUCGACACGGCCACCGAUGCCGUGGUCACCAUGUGCGGGCAUCUGUUCUGCUGGCCCUGCCUGCACCAGUGGUUCCUGAGGCGGCCCCUGGUGAAGCUGUGCCCCGUGUGCAAGGGUACGAUUGACAAUGACAAGGUCAUACCAAUUUACGGGCGCAAUGCCGAGCAUCAAGUGGAUCCGCGCAACAGGAUCCCCGCACGACCUGCUGGCCAGCGCCGAGAACCAAUGCCGGCUCGCUUCGGCCUACGUCACCCCGGUGACAUUCUCAUGUUCUUUGGCACUCCAACCGCGGAAAACCAGGACGCACAGACACUUUCCAAGAUGUUCAUCUAUGUGGCCCUGCUCUGCAUAGCUUGGCUAUUCUUCUCAUAACUUGACAAAGACCUAUGGAAAACACACACACACACAAUAACAACAACAACAACAUCAAAAACAAAAACCAUUGCUCCAACACUAAAGAUUUGCACUCGAUUACACAGGGUAUAUUGGUUAUUCAUCGCUCACAUGUAUCCACAUGAAUUCCUUAAAGAUCCCACGUGACGCCGCACAUUAUGAUUGAAUCACACACAUUGCUAAGGGCUCUUGAAAAACUGAAUAAAUUAAUUGUUAAAUCAGAUA